AUGGAAGCCGAGUCUUCCACCAAUAUACCUGAUGGUUUCGUGACGGCUGCUCAAUACAACGAGUUGCUCUCGAAACACGAAGCUCUUCAGAGAACCUAUCAUGAAUACAGAAAGGAAGCUGAAGCUCGUGCCUUGAAGGCUGCCCAGAAGAUACGCGAAGCAAAGGAGACUGUUCGCAAAUGGAAGGAUUACAUCGACAAUAAACUGGCAAAGCAGGCUUUACGAGAGGCCAACCGGGAAUUCGAAAACCAGGGCUUUGCCACCCCUCGAGCUGUUCAAUCCAAUCUGGAAAACAUCGAAGAUGCUCUUGCCGUACCCAACCCCGUCCUGGAUGUUGUUAGGAACACUUCCGCCGCUCCAUCGCACUCCCCAGCUCACAGCAGAAUAACCUCAAGCCAGACCACCGAAGGAGAAGCUCGUUCUAGCUCUAUUGCACAAUCCGACGACACCCCCGUCGUUGUAUCUGCGAAAGCCCUUAAAAGGAAAAGAAAUUCUCCAAAGAAAGAUUCGCAAGCUUACAAGAUCAAGAAUGAGCUUUUGAGUAGCAGUCCGCAUAACUCGCGAACCCCGGUACCCACUCUCUUCCGGACAGAGACUUCGGACCUAGACGUCUAUCGAGAUCAACCUCCUCUACAACAACCAAAAUUGGUUCCCGAAAAGCAUCCUCUCAGUCGAGCACCCUCAAGACAGUCGGAAGAUCGGGAUCUAGAAGCCACACGGCGCUCAUUUGGACAUCCUGAAACUCCGACAGUCAAUCGUGCACCUGGGACUCGUUCGUUCAGUAAUGAAGAUGCCGACGUCGCCAUCGACGAUGGUACACAUGCCUACGAAGAUGAUGCUCAGCUGUCCGAUAGUACGGUCAAGACUGUCAAAACGGAGCCUGGUUCCGGUAGUGCAUCCAAAAGAAGAAAGAACAUGCUGGUCAGGACUGUUAGCAAGAGUGUUGGACCUCGUGAGUCGCGUCCACAAUCUGGUCCCUUGCAUGACUUGAGUCCCAACACUCCUACGCUACCUCGAACGAGUGCUGCUCCUGUGACUUCUGGCAAANAGCUCGACCAUAGUAGGGGAGCUGCUGCUGUACAUGUGGUAUCAGAAGAUGGGGACCACACCAGACAGGGAUUUAAGAAACCACGCAUCGAUGGUACCACUCCAAGAGCCGUAGGCACUGGAAGAUUGAACGGACUCCUCGAAGGAACUUCCCCUCAAGUUGAUAGAACAAUCUUGAGCCCACGUUCCGCGCCAGCAAGUCGACGACAGCGCGAGCCACUGGACGAUACGUCUCCGAAAGACUUCAAAAUGCAAGCGGUCUCAAAGUCUGUGGAAAGGCCUGCCAGUCGCAUCACUAGGACCGUUCGAGACAAGCCAGCUUCCCGCGCUGCCGUGCUGAGAACCACUGAGUCGGACGAUCCGGAGGCAAUCUUACCUGAACAUGAGCCUUUGCGUGCCCGACCACUCCAUCGUCUAAAUCUUGACGACUUCAGAGUGAACCCCAACACUGGCGGCCAAUUAGGAUAUGCCUACCGUGAGAGCGUUCGCAAGCGUGAGGAGAAGAAGUGUUUACCUGGUUGCACAAGAGAAGAGUGUUGUGGUGCGAUUCGACGCUUCAUUGCCGCAGGCGGCUUGCCACAAGACACUUCACUUACUGACGAUGAGUUGACACUGCAAGGAUACCUGGGUGCGGGAUAUGCAUCAACGAUCCAUAAAGCUACAGCGCAGGAAAGACAGAAUAUGCUGAUUGAAGCAAGAGCCAAGGCGUUUGCGGACCUACAUGGCAAGCAUCGAGAGAUCUGGCAGAGACCCCAAUCACCUCCAGGGUUCUGGCGUACUGAUAUGCCGACGACACAAGAACUGGAACAAGAUUGGGAAGAAGCAAGGAAGAGGGACCGCCAGAAGGUGGAAGAGAGGUGGCGAGAAGCUAUGAGAGGUGGUCGCUACGUCUUUCGGGAUGAGAUUUGA